UUACGGUCACACUACCUCUUGAUUCGAAUCGGAUUUUUUUGCUCGUUUUUUGUUCACAAAGAAAAAGCGCGCCUGGCGCUCCGCGUACCUUGUGUUCUUCCACCUGCAGAUCCGCAGAUUGACGGUAAUUCAUUGCAGCCGCUGCGCCGCGAAAAGCGCAAGACCAAAAGCAACGCACCAAGAAGAGGAGAAGACUUCCAGCUAAAAGCAUCGCAGAAAGCCGACCGACGGGUAUCCGAGAUAAUACAGAAAAUCGCAUUGGAUUGCAAGCAAGCAAGCAGCAACUGAGUAAAUAACAGCGCGGAAACAGUCGAAGCCACAGAAUGGUGGACUACUAUAAGGUCUUGGAUGUGCCGCGCUCGGCCACCGACAGUGAAGUGAAGAAGGCCUACAGAAAAUUGGCUCUGAAAUGGCAUCCAGACAAGAAUCCCGACAACUUGGAGGAGGCCAACAAACGCUUCCGGGAGCUGUCCGAGGCCUACGAAGUGUUGUCCGAUGCACGUAAGCGCAGAAUCUACGACUCUCGUGCCACGCUGCACAAGUCCUCGGCCAGCAGCAACAGCAGCAGCUCCUACUCCCGCUAUCGCACUGGUGGCAGCAAUGGAACCUCGGCCUAUGGCCGAGACUACGACUACGACUACUAUCCGAGCUCUGGCUAUGGAUCGGGAUCCGGCAGGCGGUCCGGCAAUCGCUAUCAGGCCUUCACCUUCCGCAAUCUAUUCGAGGGCACGCCGUUUCACAAGCUGUUUGAGAAGAAGCGUCGCAUCUACGAUGAGUACGGCAAGGAUGGACUGAGUGAUCGUGGCCAGAGCCGCUCGCAUACCCGCCAUCACUACAACACUCACGACUUUGAUGACUUUGAUAUUAUGGGCGGCUUUCCGUUUGUAUUCCGACCGCCUGAAGAAGUGUUCCGUGAGUUCUUUGGCGUGAACUCGCCCUUCGCCGACUUUUUCAGAGAUGCCAAUGGAUACUCAAAUGGCGGCACGACGAGCGGCUCGAGCAGCAGUCGACGCAAUGGCGGCAGCUCGGGAGCUUCUCGCCACCACCAUCACCAUCAUCAGCACAAAUUGGCCAGCCCCUUUGCCGUCCAUUCACCCAUGCUCAACUACUCGAUGAUGGACUUCUUUAUGCCCACCAGCGGCUUCACCUCGUUCUCAUCGAUGUCGAGUAGCAAUGGCAGAAGUGAUGUCACCCACGUCUCCUCCAGUGGCCCCAGCUCCGGGGUCAAGCGCACCUCCACCUCGACGGUGUUUGUCAAUGGCAAAAAACUGAUGACCAAGCGGGUCGUCGAAAAUGGCAAGGAAACUGUCUUUUCAUAUGAAAACGAUGUCCUUAAAUCCAAGACUGUGAACGGAGUUUCCCAAAAGCUCUCUUCAAUAGCUAAUUAAUAAGGCAAAACACACACGUAUAUCAACAAAGAAAAAGUCAUAAAUGUGUAAAGGCAGAAGAACAUUAUUAACGAAACCAAGAAGAUGAAGUGGGAUUCUUGAAAUGCUUCGAUACAUUACGAUACGUUUAACCAUUUUGUUCUACAUUAGAAUCUAGUUACUUUUAAUUGGAACGAAGAAUCAGCAGUAGCAACAGCGGGGCAUCGUCGAGGAGCAGCAGCCAAGCCAGGAGGACCAAGCCAGAGCCCAUCAAAAAUAGCAGAAGCAAAACCAUUAUCAUGAUUUAAUCAAGGAACCAAGCAUAGAAAGUGAACAUUAGAUACCAAAAUUCACAGCCACGAAUUCUUUAUACGCAACCCUAUUUCGAACACCCUGAAGCCACACACAGUUUAAAUUCUUUGUUUUCAAACUAGUUUCAAAAAUAAUAAUACUAAAGAUGCGCUGGAAUGCAAGGCGGAUAAAUGCUGAGGCGCUUAAGCUUAA